AUGGUCCGACCAUCAUCGGCGCAUGUGCUUCAUUGGCAAAUCAAAGACUCAUUGUUUUGGUCCAAACAAAUUAUGGUACGCCCAACUAUUCAUAGAACUCAUCAAGAUAGAGUACAAGCUGCAAGAGACAAGCGUAGACGACACUAUCUAAAGUGUCGAGAGGCUAUACUAGCAAAGCGGCAUCAGGUACGCAAAGAAAAAAAACUUUGUCCAGUCAACAAUCCUUUGGAUGACGAAGAUGAACCAAUGUCUGAAACCUUACAAGACUGCAUUGCUGCGGUCAAGUAUGCCAAGGACGACUUCAUGGCGCAUAUCAAAUCUCCACGACGAUUCUUUGACCUCCUCAUGGACGAGUACUCCAAGACUAUGCCUGACCCCGAUUUAGAUCCUACUGGGUGCGGAGACAAAUCUAUCUUCGAACACGCUAUUGAAAAUUUCGAAAAUUUUAUUGACAGAGCGAACGGCGGACUGGAUGGUAUCCUUCAGAUGUGUGGUAUUUGUGAUGAGUGGCGUGCUGCAGAUGCCAUCUGCAAAUUCAUGAGGGAAAUCGUAGGGAUGGUGGAAGACAUCUUGUUGCGUCUGGCGGAAGGCAGAGACAGUGAACUAGCGGUUGCCUUCAUGGAGGGUGAAUUGUGGUACCAGGAAUACAAGUUCUCCGCCUAG